UUUGCAUUUUCUGGCUUUUGUUGUCUACUCGAGAUAUGUACAGUGGAACCUCGGUUAACGAACACAAUCCGUUCUGGAAAGUUGUUCGUUAUCCGAAAUGUUGGUUAUCCGAAAUGUUAGCAAUCCGAAAUUUUGUUCGCUAUCCCAGACAUAAUUUAACGAAAUUUUUGUUCGUUAUCCGAAGUAUUCGCAAUCCGAGGCGUUCGCUAACCGAGGUUCCACUGUAUUAACAUAGUUUUACUAUACAUGCUAGCUUCUGCUGUGUGCCUUGAUAUAUAUAUAUAACAUUUUACUAGUUUUGUAGUGCAGUACAUUUGCUUAAAAAAUUUUUUCAUAAAAGUUUCCUAAUUCCUAAUUUCCUAAUUGUGUUGCUUAGUUUUAACUUUAAUCCAGCAGCAUAAACAUUUAACUAGAAAAGCGCACGAUGAACAAAGUUGCUGAUUACAAACAACACGUGAGAAAGUCUGAAAGAGCAGGCUCUGCUAGGGAGGAGUGAGUAGAUAUUUGUGAGAGAAAGUGAGAUAAAAAAGUGCUUAUGAGAAUGAGAGUAUGUGUGAUAGAGAACGUGCGCGAGUUUUCCAGCGCGAGUGUGUGUUCACUUGAGAUUGUGUGUGUGUGCGCGCGCGCGAACGCUCGUGCGUGUGUGAGCGUGUUUCAGUGACACACGGAGGGCAGCAAUGUUGUUGUGCCGAUUAUACUAUGUAAGCAGUUGCAGGCAGUCUUAUAUCUGACAUUUAUUUUCACCUGUUAAGUCGGCCACCUUUUUUUAACCUCUAUUAAAUAUAUACUUUUCUACUGUCCCUACGUGGUCGUGUUUAUCUGUUCACUGAGGAGCGAUUGGCUUCUUUGCUCGCGUCGAGCGUGUGUCUGCUUGUGUGACUGCGAGCGUGCCUGGAUAUGGACGAGAAGAGAGCUCAGUUGUUUUUGUUACACUGUAACUAAAGUGCUCCGACCUUAUGUUGUUAAUCUUUUGACAGGAAUAGUUAGGAUACGGUGGUCAGACAAACAGCGGAGUUGUCUGGCUGGACAUCCAUGUCUCUUUACAUGAAUCUUGAAUUUGGAGGGCGUGCCACCACUGCUAUCACUAAUAACAGUAUAGUUUGUUUUAACUCUUUGGAUAGGUUAAGGCAGCUAUUAACAUGUAAUCAAAUAUAGUAAACACUACAAGAUAAGUCAUACGGGAUUUCCCGCGGUGACAGCAAAGCAACGCUGUUUACAUCGGAGACAUCUUGUAGUAUUCAGUAUAUUUGCUUUAAUGCCAGUCUAUAUUUCUCUAACACCUGUUUGAGUCCACUCCAACAACACACAUGAGAUGCUCAGUCUGUCACCACAUAAGCAUGUAGGAGGGUCUGGUUAGGUUUCAUAUCUGUCAUUUACUUUCUGUCUCUCCUUCUCAGGUGGCAAUGGGUUUAUGGUUAAGCUAAUCUAGAAUGCUACACACCAGCUUCAGAUGGUUGAUAGUUCGUCUACCUAUCUUCUUGGUUGGAUCGCCAUUGUUUCCCGUCUACGCUGAAGCACAAAAGGUGUCCUGUAAAAUACCACCAGCAGAGGGCAUGCACAAUGCACAGCUGACUUGUUAUUUUCCAGAAGACAUCAGUCGUACAAAGAAGGACAUCACUGUUUAUCACUAUAACAGUGAUCCUAAUUUUCUUCCAAACCCUGUGCUGGACUGUUUAUGGAUCAGCGGUAAGGAACACUGUCUUGUGCAGCCUGGAUACGAGUUUAACAACGAGGUCUCUGAUAACCUCACUCUCCGGAUACUAAAUGUCUCGGAGAAACACACAGGUAGAUACAGUUGCCAGAUGUACGGCAGUCGAUCACGUGACAUCGACUUCUGCUACUUCGAGCUGGAGCGAGAUAAGAACGUGACCUGCGACAUUUCUGUGGUGACAGGUUCAAAGGCUAAUUUAACCUGUCACUUCCCCGAGGAUGUCAAUCAGACACGGAGGAACUUCGCGGUCUAUCACGACACUGACCCAGACCCAGUACUUGACUGUCGGUGGGCUGGUGAAAAAUGGUUUGUUCUGUUCGCAGUAGGUAUGAAUACGACAGUGUGGUUACAGAUAUUACCGUUGUCCAAGUGCCUUCUGCCCCUGGCAACCAGACAAGAAAAUACACCUGUCAGCUGUUAGGAACCAAAGCAACGGGGAUCAAACCUUGCUUCCUUGGCUUUGAUCAGCCCAAGAGUUUUGUCACCCAAAGCAAUUUCGAAUCCUCUGGAACCGAAAAAGACAAUAAGAGGACAACUGAAAUCGUUGUAAAAAUCGUUUUACCUUGGUGAUCGUUCUCUUCAGCAUUUUAGCCGGUUACUUAUUGUGCAUCAGAAGAAGAGGUGUGAAGUGUGGCCAUACGGAGAUAAAAAACUGUCUGGACGGUAAGUGUCGAUGGUCGAGUCUAGUGUCCAACAAGACACGAACGAAUCUCUAACGGAGCUGACAAAGGCAAAAGAUGAUUCGUUUUCAGGAACAGAAUGAGGGCAUACUCAUAGUCAUCGUGCUGCUCAUCAUGUCUGUGUACACUAAAACGAACAAUUAUCAAUUAUUGACAAUUCAUCACUGAUAUAUUGUGAGGUUUAUCGGGUCUUGUUCCUAUUACAUCAUUUAACAUAAAAUCACAUGAACAAAUUGCUGUUGAUCAGUAUCUUGACUUCUGCAGUUUUCCUGUAGAAUAUGUGUAUGUGUUAGAGAGAAAGUGAAAUAUAUAUAAAUAAGCAGAUGUGAGUGACUGCGUGUGUGUGUGUGUGCAAAUCUGACUUAGGAAUGAGAGAGAUGAGCAGAAAUAUCACAUGACCAAAAUCUGUCCUUUUUUUACACGUGUUUGUAUGCUUUGGUUUAUUUAAUUUUAUACGCAUAUAUAUUUUUAAGAGUUUUCAAAUGUCUAGAAGAAGGAAAGAUCAAGGAGUGAUAAAAAAAUUAGUUUGUAAUAUAUUAGCUAUAAAUAUGUGUGUUGGGGUGUGAGUGAGAGGUAUUGUACAUAAAGAGGGAAUGUGUAUAAUAUGUAUAUAUUAAAAUGUAAAAUAUGUAUAUAUGUAUAUAUUAUGCAUAUAUUAAAAAUA